AAUUUGCCUUUUGAUUUUUAGACAUAUCAUACAUCUAUAGUGCUGGAACUAGAGUUGCUGAGCCAAGGUGUCAGGAAUUACAUUCAACAUUUUCUUCCAAUAAAGAAACGAGUUUUGUAAUUAAAUGGAAACCACCUCGUUCUUCACACCUGCAGGGCUUCUCUAUCCAAAUAGGGGACAGUCUGCACGGAACAAGGUUCAGGCAAUAUCAUAUGGAUCUCAGAACUGAUCAGAAAUGUUUGAUAUAUGAACUGCAGAGUCGGACAUUUGAGCUCCGCUGUAACUACACCGGGUAUUCUCCACGUCUUGAUGUUAUUCUCACCAGCCUUCCAAGGUUGUACAAUGUACAAGGAUCAACAGAUAAUCUUAUGUCUCUCAUUCUUCCAGUUAGAGGCAUAAAUCAACAAAAGUCCUUCUAUCUGAACAAAUCAUGUGAAUUGACCGUCGAUGAUUACCUGUAUAAGAUAGAGUUUGAGAAAGAAUGUGAAACUACAUUAUCAGCGGAAACCAAAGUUUCCGCGGAGACAGAAAACCAUUUACCGUAUACACUGGGACUUGUAUGCACGGCAUUUGUAGUCGUCAUCAUCAUCGUAACUUUCCUUGUCCUCAAGAAAAAAGUCGGUUUCCUGGAGAGCAAUAAACAUAUACGCCAGAGUGACGGAAAUACGUGUACACAAAGUUCCCUAAAAAUACAGGAUCAAGAGUCUCUCAACAAUGGUGAAUGUCACUGGAACUCUUCAGGAUUACAGCAUACCAAUCCAGAAAAUACAGUGACCACUAGGACUUUACAUAACGAGUUGCUUAGAUCAUCGGGUUCUCAGGCAUCCAUAGCAACACAAGACAUCGAAUAUUCAAUGAUAGAGUUAAACUUUGGGAGUCCACUCAAUAAUCUGAACAAAUAAUAUAUCCAACUUAUCGUGUUUUUCAUCAUUUUCAUGUAUUAAGGUUGUAGACACCUGUCGAUAUUGACGUGGAUUAAAGUACAUUAUAAUCAAAAUACUUUAUCAUUUUAGAAUUUAUAAAGGACUAUCUAAAAUGGCCCCCUAAAAUGAACAUUGGCAUUUUACUGUAAUUCUUUGUUUUAUUUGUACAAAUAUACAUCUAAAGUUUUUUCAUAAUUUUCAUUUUGAUUUUAGUGCCCACAAUUUAAAAAUAUGACAUCAUAAAGUUUACCUUUUCCCGCAAUUUUCUCAUUUUUAGCAUAAAACAGCUUGUUUUGAAGCAGAUUUUUUUUAGGAAACAUUGAGCGACUGCUUGAACAAACAAAAUAUUUUCACCAAAGAUGUAUUUUUUCAUUACUUAUAAGUGACAAACAGUUUGUUCUUGUUCAAAGAGUCGCUCUAUAUUUCCCAUUCGAAAAAAGAUAAGAAAAAUGUAAAUUUUUGAUUGAUUUUGAUUGAAUUAUAGAAAUAGUGUCAUUUCUGACGUCAUAUACUGCAAGUGAGUGCAUAUAAAUCAAAUAAAUAGGUGAAAAA